AGUAGGUCAGAAGCCCGAGGGGGCUGAGGAGCGCUACCUCUGGAGCCCAUCAGCACACCUGUUGAGAUGGAAGCCUUAGAUGGGCAGAGGGGUAAAGGGGACCAGCCACUAGAGAAGGGGACGGACGCACCCUGCUUAGAGGGGAGCUCCAGCACCAUCCCUGCCAGAGACUCACUUGUGUGCCAGGCCAAGGGCCUGGCCCAGGACGCCUUCAAAAUUUGUAAAGAAUAUCUCAGGCCGCUGAAGAAGUUCCUGCGAAAGUUGCACCUGCCCAGGGACCUACCCCAGGAGAAGAAGCUAAAGUACAUGAAGCAGAGCCUGGUGGUCUUAGGGGACCACAUCAACACCUUUCUGCAGCGCUACUGCCAAGCCUGGGAAGUCCAGCACUGGAGGAAGAUGCUCUGGCGAUUUGUCUCCCUCUUCUCAGAACUGGAGGCGAAGCAGCUUCACAGGCUCUACAACCAGACAGGCAAGUUCCUGCUGAGGUUCCUCCAGGGUCCAGCUGAGGGUUCUUUAAGGAAACUUCCUCAAAAACCAAAACUCAGGGGAAAGAAGAUUAAGGGAGCCCCUGAAACUCCAGAGACCUGCCCAUAA